GGGUGUGUGGUGGUGGGGGGGAAAUGCAAGCAAGAUAGAGCCUGCAUUAGUUAGUUGAUCAUUUGCUGACUUGUAACAUGAUUUUAGGAGCAAGCAGCCAGUGAGGGACACAGCAAGACACUCGUAUUUCUUUGUAACUCUCUCACACAUUGUAUGGCUUUGUGAGAGAAAUUUGCUGAGCUCAUCACCCUCCUACACAGCAACAUGCUGACUGUCGCUGUGUGGGUGCUGGCCCUGCUGGGCCCGGUGCAAGGCUGCAGCCUGUCACCGCCAGCUGACGACAACGCCGAACUGGACAUCCCAUGCGGCCUUUGCUUUUACGGGCAGACACUUGCUUGGCGCGAGGGCUCUGCGCUGAGCCCUCGGUGUCACAAGACGCCCGGCGGCCACGACUUCGCCACCCUGCACGGACCCGACUGUGACACGGCCGUCGCCUUGGCCUUGCGUCUCGGCCCCGAUUGGACCCAGGGACAAGUGGGAGAGGAGGCAAUAAACGAAGACGGAGUCCAAAGUUUCAUUCCAGCGCUUCUCCGAGGAAGCGACCGCACACCACCCUCGAUAGACGACCCCAUCCAACGCUGGGAUUGGAUUGUCUCCACAGUGGUCCGCUCUGACGUCGCCUCGCAGUGCAGCGCUCUUAGCGGGGAGCUCUACGUCCUAACCGGGGUCGAGGGCUGUGCGGCGGAGCCGCUGUGGUCGGCGGCAUGCUGCUCCGUCCCGGGCGGCCAGGGCAGCUUCGCGAUGGCCUUAAUUAGCCAGUCGCUCCAUGAGGAGGACAACGUGAAGCGAUUGAGCGUCGAGGAGCUGCAGGAGACGCUGGGAGUGCAGGAGCUGUUCUCCGGAGGCUGCGGGGAGGCAGAGGGUGGGUCAGCCGGGGUCACGUUGGAUCUUCAAGCCCAAGACCGCGCACCGGACAAGACUGAAGAUUUGGACUCCACUCAAGAUGCGACUCACUCGGAUGCAAGAGACUCGGGUGGAAGAGACUCGGAUGUGACGGAGAAAUCCGCAGUGGAGACGGAGAGCUCUGGUGGCAUUCAGGAGGCUGUUGAGACGCGUGAUGUUGAACGCGUCGCUGAACAGGACAAGGCAGAUGGCAAUUCCAGCAACAUUGUGGUCAGCAUCUUCUCCACCACGUUGUCUAUCCUCAAAGCUCCACUCAGGCCCAUCUUCUCCAGAAUCACACAAUUCCCCGGACAGGUGACAUACGUUCUCCGGAAGGACCUUGACGUCCUCACUGCCCUCCCAGGAGACUUCUUCUACCUCUUCUACCUCUUGACGUCGGACCUGCUGUCGUGGCUACGUUGGAUGGCUGAGACGCUGCUGGACUUCCUGAUGGACUGCAUCUACAAUCUCUACGACUGCGCCUACUCCAUGCUUGCCGCACUGCUGAACAGCUGCUACACGGGGGUCACCGGCGUGGGGACCCUGGCCGGCGACACGGUAGGGAUAUGCGGAAACGCCCUGGGCAAGACCUGGCGGGUAAGCAAGUUCUUCGGGGGGCGUCUUCUGAGACAGAGCGGGGACUACGCCGGGACGGUGGCCGUGGAGAUGGGGGAUCAGGCGCUAGCUGUUGGCGGGGGGACGGGCCGGCUGGCGUGGAGAAGCGUCGCCGGCGUGUUCAAUACAGUCGUCGUGGGGGGGAGCAUUGUUAUCGGGGUGGUGGAUGUGCUGUUUGGGGCCUUCACGGAAGGUUUUGGACGGGAGAGGGAAACCACACCGGUCCACACUGAUUUGUCAGAGACUAAGUAGGAAUAUUUUGGAGUGGGGUUGUUUUUCUUGUACUGGAAACGAUUCUUCUAAUCUAUUUAAAGGGGAUAUCUUGACAAAAAUGGAGUUUUUAACAGUUUUAUGGAAAAAUAAGUUGGCUCUCGAUUUCCUGGCCCACCCAUCAAGUCUAGAAAUUUAAUUUCUUUUAUCUGGCAACUUGUAAAAUGUGUCUGCAAGCAAGAUAUUCUGCACGUCCACAAACUUUGUCAGAAUAAUGUCGAGAAUUUACAUGAUAAGCACCUAGACUGCUUCUCGGCCCAAGACUUUGAAGCAAGGCUGGGUGAAGAUCCAAUGCCACUUUCAGGCAACAGCUUGGACAACUCUGAAAACCUAUUUGAAGAGAUUAAAACUCACAGUCAUUGCAAAUCACGUUGAAGUUCCCCAACUAGCGUGACACCCUUACAGUAUUACGUCAAAGCCAAAAGGUAAGCAAAGCUGCAUCGAGUUUUAUUGGAUGCUCAAAUUAGCAUUAGUUUCUACGAAGUGACCCACAUUUAAUCUCUGUGAAAUUGGUGCCAGUGGUUGGGGUAAUUUGUGUCUAGUGGGGUGCUGCUCUUGUUGCAUGGCUCGGUGCCCGCCCCGUGAGUGGUCAAGGUAACAAACCCACCUUUGCCCACUCACAUCAGACAAGGCCAACCCCUCAUAAGCAGCUGAUUUCCGCAACACAACAAAUAUGGCGUUAAGUGACACGCCACAGAUACGUUAAGACAUUCAGGAACUGUUUUAAAUUGUAGAUUGGGGGAAAAAAGUCAAAUAUGUCUCCUUUAAAUCACUGUUGACCAUUUAAAAUGUUUUUUUUUUGUUUGCAAAUGACCUCUGAUGUGUGGUAAAGGCAAGACCUGUUUGAUGACCCUGAAUGCGCCUUUGUUUUAAAAUCAUUGUAAUAAAGAUACAAUACAAUACAAUACAUGCUUGUACGUUUAAAUAAA